AUGUCAGCAAAAAGUGAUAGCAAACUUUUAGGUUUGAAAGCAUCUGAUACAGUUGGUGAAUGGACUGUGGUCAGAAAAUUAGGCAAAGGCGGUUGUGGUGCUGUAUUUGAAGUAUGCUCAAAACAAGCAGUAGAGAGGAAACGUUUGGCUAUGAAAGUGGAAUCUCGUGAUUUGGACCACAAUGAUCAACUACUUCGAGUAGAAGCAAGCAUUCUGAAGCGUAUGCAGUAUUCUAAACAUGUUCCGAUUUUUGUAGCUGCAGGUCGUACCUCAGUUUUCAAUUUUUUACUGAUGGAAUUGCUAGGAAAGUCUCUUAGUGAACUUCACAAGGCUGCACCUCAUCGUCAAUUUACAAUGGCUACUGUACUAAAAAUUGCUCUUCAGGCUCUCAAUGCUUUACGCAACUUGCACAGUAUUUACUUCAUCCAUCGCGAUGUAAAACCUGCGAAUUUCGCGAGUGGAUUAAAUAAUGUCAACAUACUGUACGUGCUGGACUUUGGUUUAUCACGACAGUUUGCAACGUAUGACCCUGCUACAAAAGCACUGAGAUUACGUAAACCACGUUCACGCUCAUCAUUUCGCGGAACUGUAGCAUAUUGCAGUGUGAACGUGCACAAACAUUUGGAACAGGGCCGUCACGAUGACUUAUGGUCAAUGAUGUACAUGUUGAUUGAGUUUAUUGCUGGUCGUUUACCAUGGAAAGGUUUAGAUCGAAAAGAAACGGCCGUUAUCAAGCAAACAAUCAGUAAUAGAAGAUUACUCCAAGGUUGUCCAAAGCAGUUUGGUAUUAUUCUGGAAUAUCUAGCAGUGCUUCGCUAUCAUCAUCGACCUGAUUAUGAUCAAAUUGAAAACUUAUUUUUGAUGGCUAUUCAUCGACGUAACAUUGAUAGAAAAGCUCCAUUUGAAUGGAGUAAAGCAAGGACUUACGAUUACUUAUCUAAUAUGAAAAGAUCCCAAGAGAAGGUAAGAAAUGAAAAAUAUACUCAGGCAAUAGUAACAACAAGUGCUGAAAUGGUAGAACAACCAACAAUUUCUCAAAUAGAAGCAUCUUUACCAGAACAUCAAAUAGAUGUCACACAAUGCGCGUGA